UUUUGAGUACAGUUCACCUCUGAAUGGAAACGAGCAAAGAAUAAUUGAGGACAUAUGUGCAAAAUGUCUGUUAAAUACAGUGUGAAGUCUGUGUGGUAAGCGUCUGUGAAUCUAUAUAGCUAGUACACAUACAGGUAGUAGCUUUUGUGUAUAUAAAUCUGGCCAGUGGUCUGUCCAGCGAAGGUGGAGCCCAUAAACACAAUCAUAACCAAGGGCUGAUGAGAUUUCCCGAUAAUGCGUUCAUCAGAUAUUGACCAAACGUAAGAUACAUCGUAUAGACACACCCAUAGACAGGUUUACUGAGGCGUGGCCUUCCAGGAGACGGUGGUUGGGUAUAAACAUGGACGUCAAACAAGUGGUGUGUGUGCUUUCUCUCCUGUAUAUCUGUGCAGCUACGUCAACAAAUUGGGAACAAAUGGCACGUGACCUGCUAGCAGAGGAGUUGAAGAUCAAACGUAACAAUAACCUAGCUAAAAACAUCAUCCUUUUCAUCGGAGACGGCAUGAGCAUGCCAACUAUCACUGCGGCGAGGAUUCUCAAGGGCCAGCGCAACAACCAGUCGGGCGAGGAAACAGUACUGGCGUGGGAGGAGUUUCCUAAUAUGGCACUCUCAAAGACGUACGGCAGUAACAAGCAGAUCCCGGACUCGGCAGCCACGGCCACCGCCAUCUUGUGUGGGGUGAAGGCCAACUGGUACACGUUCGGAGUGAGAGACACCGUGAUAAAAAAUAACUGUAGCAGUCAGCAGGGUCAGGCUGUCGAGUCAAUCCUCGAUCACUUCCAGAAAGACGACAGAGCUACUGGUGUGAUAUCUACUGCACGACUCACACAUGCUACCCCAGCCGCCUCCUACGCCCACACUGCUAACCGCGGUUGGGAGGGGGACGUCAAAAUGAAGGGUAUAGAGGGAGACUGCAAAGAUAUUGCUUAUCAAUUUGUCCACGAAAACCCAAACAUCCGAGUGGCAAUGGGCGGGGGUAGAAGAUUCUUUCUCCCUAACGAUACAAAUGACCCGGAAACAAAUUCUGUUGACCCCAAUCAACGACAAGAUCAACGCAAUCUGAUAGAGGACUGGAAGAGAAUCCAAUCCGCCGAAGGACGGCGCCAUUCUUAUGCAUGGAACAAGCAGCAGUUUGACGCCAUAGACCCCGCUACUACAGACUAUCUAUUGGGAUUGUUUGAGCCAGGCCACAUGCAGUACAACUACCAGAGAGAUUCGGGUCCAAAUGGAGAACCUUCUCUAACAGAAAUGGUAUCCAAGGCCAUUAGGAUACUCAGUCGCCAUAACCGCGGAUUCUUCUUACUAGUUGAAGGUGCUCGGAUCGACCACGCCCACCAUGACGGUCUCGCCAACAUCGCGCUUGACGAGACUAUAUCAUUAGAGUCGGCCGUCCGGGAGGCAGCCCGCCUAACUGACGAGUCCGAUACGCUCAUCAUCACGACGGCCGACCACUCACAUGUGUUCACCAUGGGCGGAUAUCCGAAACGAGGCAACGAUAUAUUGGGUUAUUCGGACCCCAUUGCGGACGAGGUUCCCCUGGAUGGAAUACCAUAUGCUACCCUAGCUUACAGUAACGGGCCGGGAUACAGGUGGGGAAACCGUAGUGAGUUCAACGACUCCAAGGCAGACACAAGAGACAUGCAGUUCCUGGCGGAGGCGGCUGUUCCGUUUGAGUACGAAACCCACGGCGGGGACGACGUGCCAAUCUACUCACGUGGGCCAAUGUCACACCUGCUGAACGGCGUCAAGGAGGAGCACUAUAUCGCACACUUCAUGCAGUAUGCCGCCUGUGUCGGCUUCUACAAGGGCAACUGUGACCGGGUCGUCAUCAAUGAAUGCACAAAUACCGGAAGUGAUCUGAAACUGCCCUUGUUACCAUUCCUUAUCUCAUUGUCUAUGGCCAUGUAUGUAGUUUUGUCUUAAAUAGGAAUGAUAUUAUCAUUCAUGGUAUGGUAUUGACAAUUAUGUAUGAGGAGAAUUAUAUUUUUAUUACUUUUUUACUUUUACACAAUGCUCAAUUCAUUUUUCAAUAAGCAUUUUUGAAACGAGAAAAUAAAGCUAUACAAUUUGAAGGUGUGAAGCGAAAACUAGCAUUGUAUCCAACUUAACCGUAGGAAUGAAAAACUUCUUGAUUUUAUUGAUAAUACUCUGUGUCUAAGACAGCGAAAUGACUCAUCCAGUACUUUUUCGAUACAUUUAAUUUUUGUUCGUUUUAUAUAUUUCUAAACUUCUGAAAUAAUCAAAAUAUCACGUUGAUAUCACGUUA